AUGAAAGUUCUUGUGAUGAGCAACCCUUUUCUUAAGAAUAACAAUCAAAAUACAGCCCAACAACAACCCUCGGCUGUACCCAACAUAGUAGGGGCAAGGACUCUGCCUCCCAGCGGUUACUCGGCUCCUACGAAUGUAUUUAAUCCGCAACAGCGUGCAUUCUACCCGGGAAGUGCCGGGGGCCGCGUUGUGCCGCCUCCUCCCUCCAUGGAUACAGUCGCCCAGCAUAUGUCAAAUAUGAGUCUAAAUUCCGAGCCUCCACAGUCUUCUAUCUCUGCUCCGCCCUCAGGAAGUGUAUCUGCUGGAGCCUAUCGACCGAUGAAUGGACGUUAUCAAAUUCCAACGACUGCAUAUAAUCUGACGUCUGUGGAUCCGAGCCAGACGCAAAACCAGCCGAUGUAUGGCGGCAACACGGCAGCCAUGGGUUCUGGCAUGUCACCUGCGUACAUGGGUCCGCAGACAAACUACGACCUAUCCGCUCCCGCCCCGUCCCCGAUCUCCCCGGAGAUGCAGCCCGACGAAGAGUAUGUCAAGCUGUCGUAUGACAUCGCGCCGAACAGUUCCUCUCUGCAGGGCCUCGCCGGCAUCCCGUUCGGCGGUGUAUUCCGUCCCAUGGCUCCCGACGGCGGCAAAAUCCCGGUGGUGUCGUUCGGUCGCGUGGGCGUGCAGCGCUGCUUCCGCUGCCGCGCGUACAUCAACCCGUUCGUGUCCUUCACGGACGGCGGCCGUCGCUGGCGGUGCAACUUCUGCGGUCAUUUGAACGAUGGUAGGCGUGAUGGAGGGCGGCGAGGUCUAGUCCCCGAUGAGUACUACAGCCAUCUGGACAUGAGCGGAAAGCGCGUGGAUCUCUACGAGCGCCCGGAGCUCUGCAAGGGCCAGGUGGAGUUCGAGGCGGGCCGCGAGUACUGCGUGCGUCCGCCGAUGUUCCCGACGUAUUUGUUCCUGCUGGACGUGUCGUACCAGGCGGUGGCGUCGGGCAUGCUGGAGACCGCGUGCGAAGCGAUCCGAGCGAGUCUGGACGAUCUGAUCGCGAUGUGCGACAACUCGAUCAUCACGGUGGGCUUCAUGACCUUCGACAGCGCCGUGCACUUCUACCAAAUCGCUGAGGGCAAAACGGUUCGGCAGUUGGUCUGCUCGGACAUCGAGGACCUUCUCAUCCCCGUCCCUUCCUCUCUCCUCCUCAACCUCGUCGACAACCGCCAGGCCGUCGACUCCUUCCUCCGCGCGCUCCCCGCCUCCUUCGCCUCCACGCGCGACGUCGACACCUGCACCGGCUCCGCCCUCCACUUCGCCGCCAAGCUCCUCCAAGACACCGGCGGCCUCCUCUCGCUCUUCCAAGCCUCCAUGCCUUCGCUCGGCGCCGCCAAGCUCAAACAGCGCGAAGUUCCGGCCAUGCUCGGCACCGACUCCGAGAAAGACCUUCUCAAGCCCGCCUCUCCCUUCUACACCGAGCUGGCGCACCAGCUCGUCGCGCAGCAGAUCUCCGUCCACUGCUUCCUCGGCGCCGCCUCCGCCGACGUCGCCUCCCUCGCCCCGCUCUGCACGCAGAGCGGCGGACAGCUCUUCUACUACCCCUCCUUCCACCAGCAAUCGCGCUGGGCCGCCGUCCUCGCCAGCGACGUCCACCGCGUGCUCGCGCGCGAGACCGGCUUCGAGUCGAUGUACCGCGUGCGUGUGCCCUCCGGCGUGCACGUGCGCGGCUUCGCCGGCGCGUUCUGCCUCUCCAACACCGACCUGAUGGUGUCUCCGGUGUGCCACAGCGACCUCACGGUCAGCGUGGAGUUCGAGCUCGACAACGUGCUCCAGGCGCCGUCCUUCCCGAUCCAGGGCGCGCUGCUCUACACCAACGCGCGCGGCGAGCGCCGGAUCCGCGUGCACACGGCCGUGCUGCCCGUCAGCAACGUGCUGAACCACAUGUUCGAGCGACUGCGCCAGGACGUCAUCGCGGACCUCGUGCUGCAGCGCUCGAUCGAGGCGAUCCCGGAGGUGGGUCUGGCGAUCGCUCGGCAGAAGGUGCACCAGCUGUGCCUGGCGCUGCUGAAGCGGACGAAGGCGCAGGGCCUCGCGUCGCCGAGCGAGUCCAUCCCCGCGCAGAUCGCGCAGCUCCCGCUCUUCCUUAUGGCGUUGCAGAAGAGCGGCGUGCUGCGCGGAGGCAGCGACCAGCGCAGCGACGCGCGCGCGUACUUGAUGCAUCAGCUGCGGCAGAGCAGUCUGGACGUCGUGGUCCGCUUCCUCUACCCGCUUUUACUCGACAUCGCCGACAUGGAUCCGCAGGCGGGGACCUUCCUCGAGGACGCAGAGGCGGCGGAGGCGGCGGAGAGCCAGUUAUUUGGCCCGCGCAAUUUGGUUUUGCCGCGCAUUUUGCGACUCACGCUGUCGACGCUUUCCGCGACGGGGAUCUAUCUGCUGGACGAGGGAGUGGCGCUGUGGCUGCUGGUGGGCGACCAGGUGCCGGUGCAGGUGAUGCGGGACGUUUUUGGGGUCGACUCGCUGCAGGGAUAUGAUGUCGCGCUGAUGGACCUGCCUCGUCUGGAAACCAGCCUGUCGAAGCGACUGUGGAACAUCGUUUCGGAGCUGCGCGCGGACCGGCUGUAUUUCUGCCCGUUGGAGGUGGUCCGAUCCAGCGAUGUGGACUUUGCGAAAUUGAAGUGGAGAAUGGUGGAGGACCGGGAUGUGUUCCAGGGAGCGAAUUACAGCUAUUCGGAGUACGUGCAACUACUGGCGGGAGGAAAUCCCGGUUAUUAGGGGUUAGAGUUGUGGU